UGUCCUGACGUACGGACCCUUUAUCUCUCUCUCUUUCUCUCCGAUCUCUCUUUUUUUUCUCCACAAAACUACCGCGGAGCUCCACAUAUCGUUCUCUCGGGACACUUUUUGCAGAUUACACUUGACUUUCGAGACUUUCAACUUGUUUUUAAUCUGUUUAAGGACCAUGGCCUCACCGGCUGCUCUCAUGCCCUCGACUCCUCUCGUCCAUCCGCCUCUAACACCGACUUCACCAGCAACCAACUCUCCGCCACCAGCAACUACGUCGUCAUCCCCUUCACCGUCUAGCGCUCUCACCGGACUGAACCCCUUUAGAGCGGAUCUCUUGCCCGUAGGCGUACCUGCCGGGAGCCCCGGUGCACCCGUCAGUGUCCUGCCCGUGAAACCCGUCUACUCGACACCGUCACCGGUAGAGAACACUCCGCAGAACAACGAGGUUAAAAUGGUCGAGGUCAAAGGCGCCAAGUUGGCUUCUUUCACGGUGAAAGACAACGAGCUCAUUUGCCUCCCGCAGGCGUUCGACCUAUUCUUAAAGCACUUGGUGGGCGGGCUGCACACUGUUUACACCAAGCUGAAGAGGCUGGAGAUCACCCCGGUGGUCUGUAACGUGGAACAGGUCCGCAUUCUCCGGGGCCUCGGAGCUAUCCAACCCGGUGUCAACCGAUGUAAGCUAAUAUCCCGUAAAGACUUCGAGACGCUGUACAACGACUGCACUAACGCCAGCUCGCGCCCUGGUCGCCCGCCUAAGAGGGCUCAGAGUAUGACAUCACCAGAGAACCAGCACCUCCUGUCACAUUCUGUCAGUGGACUGAUGUCAGCUGGUAUCAUGCCCCCUACUGGUCUGACAGCAGCGGCCCUGGCCGAGGCAAUGAAGGCCAAGAAAAUCAAGUUGGAGGUGAUGGGGGGUUACCACGGUAACCACCACCAGCAUCAUCAUCACCAUCAACAGGGCACCAACGGAGAGAGCGGCGAGCCCCACCAGAACUCCUCCGGUCUGGGUCUGGACCACCUGCCGUUUAUGAUGAUGUCACACCCCCUGAUGCCUGUCAGCCUUGCACCUGCAUCCGUCUCCAUGGCGAUGAGUCAGAUGAACCACCUCAACACGUUGGCCAGCAUGGCUUCUGCUGCCCAGGUGCACCACUCCACCCUGUCCUCCCGUGGGCGCAUGGUCACCUCCGUUAUAAAGGAGCGUGUUCGGGACAGUCCCUCUCCGGUUCUCUCUCUGGAUGAUGGGAGGAGGCCUGGGAGUCACCUGUCUUCUCAUCAUAGCAGCAGUGUCUCCAGUUCCCCAGCUCACACAGAACAGAACCACCGGCACCAGAACGGGCUGUCCUCCAGCCAGGCUCUACUGGGUGUGUCUCCGAGCGCUCUGCCAGGACCCAGGGAAGGAGAUGUGGCCACUAUGGACUCAGGACCCGACCCUAAAAGGAACCAGGCAGAGAGAGAAGACUGUGGGUCCUUGAGCACCCAGACUGUCAGAGAUGGCUACGAGAGGCUUUCCUUCUCGGGACAGAAGCUUCCUCAAGGGUUCCCUGGACACUUCAUCUUCCCAGAAGGGCUGUCGUCAAUAGAGACCCUGCUGACCAACAUCCAGCAGGGCCUACUGAAGGUUGCCAUAGACAACACACGUGCACAGGACAAGCAGGUGCAGAUGGAGAAGUCUGAGCUGAAGAUGGAACUGUACAGGGAGAGGGAACUCCGAGAGACUCUGGAGAGACAGCUGUCCAUGGAACAGAAAAACAGAGUGCUGAUCCAGAAGCGCUUGAAGAAGGAGAAGAAGACGAAGAGGAAGCUGCAGGAGGCUCUGGAGUUUGAGUGCAGACUGAGAGACCAGGCCGAACAGACACUUCAGCAGACUGUGUCAGACAACGACAGAGCUGGAAGUGACUUACUGACCCAGGAAGUAAAUGGUAACCAAGGAAAUGGCAGAACCGAUGCCGAGGCGACGUUACAAGAUGGAAGACUUUUCCUGAAAACCUCUGUGAUGUAUUGAAGACAGUGUGUAGAGAAGAGAAGAUCGAUUUGGGCUCAAUUGAAUAGUUUCAGCAGCAACACUACGGAUGUUUCCGUAAAUCAAACUGUCAUAAAAAACAUUUUGAAAAAGGAACAAAGAAUUAAGGCACUGACAUAUAUUCACAGAGUGGUACAACACCGAUUUUAUUCAACAACACUACUGAAACUGUGUAAGAAGAAUUUUACACACUAUUUAAACCACCUGGACUGCCUCGGAAAAAAGGAUAAAUAAAUCCACUACAAACUUUUUGAAUUGUAGUCCUGUACGUUUUAUACGAUUUAAAUGUGUGAAGAUUAUUAAACAUAAUGUCACGAAGAACAGUAAUCCAAGAGGUUAAUUUAUUACAACACGGCUGUAAAUACAUUGAUGCAAUGUUUCAUUACGAUAAUGUACUUUUUGUUUUAGUUGUUUAUUCUAAUAUUGCAAAGUCAGUCUUUUGUCACAUUCUUGUAUAUCCAAUGAAAGGUAUAAGAUUCCUGACUUGUGGUUUGUGUACAUAAAGUAGCCUAAAGAGAUAGUGUUGUGUAGUUGUAUGCUGUAGCGUUCGUAGAAAGAACAAUAAACUUUUUUUUAA